CAGAUGCAGGAGGUCCCCGUUCCUGGCUGAGACCCGAGAGGUCCUUCAUUUGAAGGAAUGGAGGCGAGAAGGAAAACCAGACCCGGGGUCCUCAUUUGGACCCCCGCUCCUCCAGCCCAGAACUCAUCAGAGGACUCCUGCGAGGACGAAGAUGAUUUCUUCACCCAGAUGGACGAGAACGGCAUCAUCGGACUGUCGGAGGACCUGGAGGAGGUGGAGUUGGGUCACCAUGAACGUGAACCACCUGAGAGUCCAGAACCUGGCGGCCCACAGGAAGUGGACCUGGUCCAAGGUUCGGUAGAAAAACCAGCUGACGGUCUGAGCUUCGACGUGAGGAAAUCAAGAGAGGACCGAGUUCUGCCGACCCGUCACGACAUGAAAGUCGGGUCUAAAGUGGACCAGAGGGCGGAGCUCCGUCCUGGAAGAGACCCGGCAGAAGAUCAGGAGGAGCUCGUUCGGACGUCGGGUUCACCUCCGAGAGAUAAAUUCCCUCCUGAAGUCUCCCACUGUCCCCGCUCGGUGUCCCAGUCGUGCUUCCUGCCUCACCGUUGUCCCUUCUCUGCCGACGAGCUGGCUGCAGCUCCGGGAAUCGACGCAGAAACCCUCCCGGACGUCUCAGAAAGUCUCCCUGACUCUCUCAGCAGCCGAACGAGCUCGAAGUCCAGCCCUCGCCGUUUGGAGACGACACUCGGGGAUUCUCCUCAUCGUCAUAAACCGUCGGGUUACGGUCCGACAGACGGAGAGGAGAGGCCUCAGGAGGAGCCUCGACCUUCGCUGAGGACACAUGAAGCUGAGCGUUCAAGAGCGUCCACCGGAGGAUCCGAGACCGACUCGCCAAAACCCGAACAGAACCAGAGUCAGAAAACUUCAAGGAUUCCUCGACUCCGAAACGAUGCAGCUGAAGGGGAGGGAUUCAGACGAGGAUCUCCGAGUCGUCAAACGCCGGACUUCUCUAAAGUUGAACCGAGGGUUUGUUUCCCCAGACGUGGCUACAACCCCCCCAGGAGUAAACAACCGCUAACAAGGACGAUGCCCGAGCCGCCGAUGGCGUUCAAAUCCCCGGCUGACAUCGUCAAUGAAGUCCUGUUCAACACCGACGGAUCCUCGACGUCGUCAGGGUCCCCGACCCACGCCGCCAACUUCACCGUCCCUCCAGAGUUCAGAUGUCGGCAGCAGGCCUCCACCCUCCUCCAACAGCUGCAGGACGACUACAGCAGACUGCUGACGAAGUACGCCGAGGCCGAGAACACCAUCGAUCGUCUGCGUCUGGAAGCCAAGGGUGGAGCCGUAGAGAAACAGCAGCUCAGGUCCAGGCAGACUCAGCCUCUCAGGGACAGAGCAGUAAACCUGAACUUUGACCCUCCAGAGACCAGAGCCUCGGUUCGUUCAGGACUGAACCACCACGCCUCAAAGUUCCUGGAGCUGGAUCUGGCUGCGGCUCAGAGGGCGGAGGUUCUGCCGGGUCGUCCUGGUCCAAACGGCGUUCCUCAGGAUCCUUCAAGGCCCCCGCUGGAAGAGCAGCUGCUCAGGCAGACUGAGACGUUCCUGCAGCAGCUGCAAUCCUUUGAGGAUCUCCUGAGGAGUGAAAAACUGUCACCUUGUGAAAAGACGGAGGGUGUCUCUCAGCUCUCUGAGGAGCUGAACUCUUUAGGAAGGAGCUACCUUUUAGCUUGCGACGAGCACAAACUCCUUCAGCAGCGAGGAGCCGAAGACUGCCGGUUCGACGCCGAACGGGAGUUGGGGGGUCUGAUCUUCCAGUGCGAGCUGCGUGUGGAGGAGCUGAAGGAGCAGCAAACCUCUCCUCCACCUCCAUCCUCUUCAUCGUCAGAGGAGGAACCAACUGUCACUCGUCCACAGAUUCUGCCGGCGCCGUUUGAUCCUGCAGAGCCGAGCUCAGCCCGGGAGAAGACCGAGGAGGAGGAGGAGGAGGAUGAAGAAACUCUCGUAUCGUUCUCAUACAGACCCAACGCCUGCGUUGACUCGGACUCGACCAAAACAGGAAGUCUAUCAAAGGCUCUUCCUCCUGUUCCCUCCUCUCCUGAUUUAAAGGCCUCGGUGCAGCCGGGCAGUGAGGAAGAGGAGCAGAGCCGUCGAAGAACAGGAAACCACCAGGCGGUAAAAACUCCCUCUCAGAGCAGGAGAGUCGAGUCGGACCAGGACUCUCCGGUCUGCGCCAGAAAACAGCGAUCCUGCUCCCGGGUCGGCCCGUCCUCCGUCGCUCCGGGUCUUCCUGCUCGCAGCAGGCGGAGGUUGGAGCUGAGAAGGUCCCACAGCAGCAGCCUGAGCAGCCUGGCUGAGACCACAUCAGACCGGAGGAGCUCCAAGGCUCAAACCGGGACCAGGAGGGUCCUGCCUCAGGACGGGCUCGUCUCUCCUGAGACGGACAGCGGGUUCGUCGGUUCUGAAAGCAGCCGUCCGACUCCUGCAGCAGCUCCGGGUCUCCUCCACCGGAGAGCGGCAGAGAGGGACUCGCUUCCUCGGGACGCAGACGCCUCCUCACCUCAUCUAGUUUUGGCUCCUCCCCCUCUGUCGCUCAGCCACACAGCUCAGGAGCCCCCAGUUGGUCCCCAGCUCGACCCGAACCAGCCGCGGAGGACCCGACCGGGCCAGAGGAGACGCACCUUCUCCUGCUCCCCUCAGCGCUGCGUGGGACAGAGACAGACCAGAGCCGGCAGCAGAACCAGGGAGCCCGGCUCCGAGACUCCCUCCAGCUCUGAAGUGGAUCGGAGGGACCGGUUCUCUGGUUCUGUGAACUCCCCGCUCAGCUCCCACUCGGGCUCCUCGCCGGCUGCCAGCUACCUCCACGGAGACUCUCCGAGAGCGCCGAGCUUCAGUCGGGGUGGAAAUCACAGCGAUGCAGUUGUGGAACUUCAGGUCGAGGUGACGAGACUGAGGGAGAAAAUAAAACAUUAUAUGACAUACAAGAAACACUUCGGCUCGGAGACGGCGGCUCCUUCGGCUCGUCUCGGCACCUUCACUCCUCCCGUCAGAUUCGUGGAAGUCUGGAGCGACGACCGUCUGGGCAGGAGAGAACCGAGCGCAGCCGAAGACGACGAGCCGGACUCUGCGUCUGGACGGACGACAGGAGCGAGAUCAACGUCUGCACAGAAACAACGGCGUGACGUCCUGACGAGAUCCGAGCUGGACCCUCGGCCUCACGUUUCCAGAUGUACCCAAACAUCUGCAGAGCCUCGCAGCUGCUCCUCGCCUCCUGCUCGCAGCAGGAACACUCGGACCUGUCAGAACUCUGCGUCUGAAGCAGCAGAUGAACCCGACGGUCCGAGUCCGGCUCCUUUUUGUCCUCGGUGUCCAUCAAACCUCAGAGGUGGAGCCCAACAACCACGGAGGGGCAGCAAAGAUCCGAAACAGUCCUGUUGUUGUCGCUGUUCGCUUUGUGGAGGCCUUAGAGGACAAAACCACGCUGAGACAGACUGCAGCAAACGGAACCCGUCCUCUCACCAGAACCUCCAACCAGCCGAGCCUCCGCACAUCUGGAGGUCUGUCACGGCUGCAGCUUCGCCUCCGGCGCUCCACUUCCUGCCAGUUUACCCACCACAGCUCCUAUUGUGCUCGACGCCUCUGCACACGUCUCCUUACAUCACGGGCGUCCCUUCAGGACCCGGGCGUCCCGAGGAGAGGACGGGGAGGACGAGGCGUCCUCUGUCCGUGGACAGACACCGUUCUUUAGACGGCUCUCUGAACAGGGCCGUCCGAGCGGCCCGGCGCAUGAAGCUCACCUCGGGACACAUGGCUCGCUCGCUGGCGUCGGGGCUGCAGCACCAGGACCAGGACCGGGUCUCUCAGUCCUGCAGCUACUAG